AUGCGGCGCUUCACCUGGGAGGAGAUCGGGCAGCGGAACGGGCGGGGGCCGGCGCCGCAGGAGCGCUGGCUGGUGAUCGACAGGAAGGUGUACGACAUCAGCCACUUCUGCCGGAGACACCCGGGAGGGGCCCGGCUCCUCGUCAGCAGCCACGCCGGGCAGGACGCCACGGAUGCCUUUGUGGCAUUCCACGUUGACAAGGUGCUGGUGAGCAAGUACUUGAAGCCACUGCAGAUUGGGGAGCUGGCACCAGACCAACCCAGCAUUGAGCCAACUAAAAAUGAAAUGCUGGUGAAAGACUUCCGGGAAUUGCGCUCUACAGUCGAGAGAAUGGGACUCCUGGAGCCAAACCAACUCUUCUUCUUCCUGCUCCUGGCUCACAUCCUGCUCCUGGAUACAGCUGCCUGGCUCAUCCUCUUCUACUUUGGGACAUCCUUACUGCCCUUUGUUUUCUCCCUGCUGCUGCUGACCAUUUCCCAGGUCCAGGCUUCCUGGUUACAGCAUGAUUUAGGACACCUCUCAGUAUUCAGGAAAACCAAGUGGAACCACUUGCUACACAAGUUUGUGAUGUGCCAUUUGAUUGGGGCCUCUGCCAAGUGGUGGACCCUCCUGCACUCCCAGCACCAUGCCAAACCCAACUGCUUCCACAAGGACCCUGACAUUGAUAUGCACCCUUUCCUCUUCACUUUGGGGAAGAAAUUCUCUGUGGAGCUUGGGAUCAAAAAGAAAAAAUACAUGCCCUACAACCACCAACACAAAUACUUCUUCAUCACUCUUCCUCCGCUCCUGUUCCCCACCUACUUCCACUGCCACACAUUCUACAUUGCCUACACAAAGAAGUACUGGGCGGACUUGGCCUGGAUGCUGACCUUCUACAUCAGAUUCUUUUAUACUUACGGAUCUUUAUUAGAAACAAAGAGUCUCCUGGCAUAUUAUUUUAUAUUCAGGAUGCUGGAGAGCAGCUGGUUUGUCUGGGUCUCACAGAUGAACCACAUCCCAAUGGAUAUCGACUAUGACAAGAAUUUGGACUGGAUGUCUACUCAGCUCCUGGCAACAUGCAACGUGGAGCAGUCGCUGUUCAAUGACUGGUUCACAGGGCACCUCAACUUCCAGAUUGAGCAUCACCUUUUCCCUACGAUGCCACGGCACAACUACUGGAAGGUGGCCCCUCUGGUCAAGUCCCUGUGUGCCAAGCAUGGCCUCGAGUACCAGUGCAAGCCUCUGCUCACAGCCUUCGCAGACAUCGUGCACUCCCUGAAGACCUCGGGAGAGCUCUGGCACGAUGCCUACCUGCACAAAUGAAGGACAAGGCUUGGUGCUACCAUUCACAGCCUGCCACGGCUGCAUUCCCAGCAAGCUGAGGGGCAGGAAACACAAGGGACUCUC